GACGCGCGUCCAUAUUGCCGCCAUUUGAAAAAAAACGAAGUUAUCGCAGGAAUCGAAUCCAGAUUUUGCAGUUGUCAGAUACAGUCGCUAGCUAUGGAGGACAUCUUGGGCGUGCUGGGCUCGCUCCCGGACCUGCGGCGUGAACUGGAGGUCCUGCGAAAGGCCCACUUCGACGAGCUGGACGCCCUCUUCUAUGGCAUCGCCCAUCCGGAGACGGAGCCCAAGGCGCCAGACAGCGCUCCGGCAGCGAAGAGUCAGGAGAAUACCUCGGUGACUCCGCAGCAGACGAAGAAGCGCCCCAAGCGACUCACCUCCCUCUCCGAGGAUCAGGACGAUCCCGAGGCUGCUCCAGACACCACAACUCGCCAGAGCGUUCGGGUCAGCAACUCCCAGCUGCUGGCUAUCGCAGAGGAUGAGCACAACUCCACGGCCUCGCUGAUGCCGCCUCCGCCCGUGCCCGCCACGGCGGAUACCACCAUUAGCUCCGGACGGCCACAGCGCGCCGCCAAGCUGAAGACCGAAAAGCUGCUCAAGGAGCCCUCGCUCAACCGCAAGAUGCGGCGGCCCAGCCACGAAGAGACCAUCAAGGUUAAGGUGGAGAGCGAACAGCGGGCCUCCCAGAUCAACAGCUCCACAAGCGUGCGUCCUGCAGAGGAGAACGAGAAGGAACAGCCCGAGCCGGAGCCAGCAGUCCCAGCAGCUGCGGUGCAGGAGAAGGUGCCGGAAGAGGAUCCCGAGGAUGCGAACACCACGAAGACACUGCGCGUGAAGAUCAAGCGCGAGAAAAUCAGCAGCGAAGGACUGGCACCAUCCACUGAUGCGAGCACGGCCACAAACGUAACCACCGUCUCUUCCGUCACAACGGAGGCUGUUCGGCCGGACGAUACGGUGGCCAGCAACACAACGACCAACACCACGGAGGUCGCCAAGAAGGGUCGCAAGAAGAAGAAGGACGCGGAGAACCACCGGCCCAUUAAGGUGGAGCGUUUCAGCGACCUGGACAAGAACUCGCCGGUCUCUUCGCGCACGCGCAAGUGCAGCACCGAGUCGCGACCAAACCAGGAGCGGUCCAUUUACAAGGACGCACUCGAGGGUCCGCCCGUGGCAGAGCAAUCAAUGGCUGCAGUUGCUCCGACUGAUGCUAACGAGACGAGGACUAUUUCCAACGCCACCAUGGUGCUGGGCCCGGCGCCGACUGAUGGCAGUCCAAUGGGACCAGCUGCGGAUGCUACCUUCGAGGUGCACUCCGGCGACAAGAAGGCGCCGCUGGCCAAGCAGGACAGCCUCCUCACGGAGGACGAGUCGCUGGAGGAGAAGUUGCCGGCGACAAAGCUGCUCUCGAGCAUCAAGGCCAUAAAGCUGCCCACCCGCACCCACGAGCUCUUCAACCCACUCCUGCAGAGUCCCGUGAAGAUGCGCGUAGAGGCUUUCGAGAAUGCGGCCAUUGCGCAGACCAACAUGCGGCCCAAGCGGGUCAAGGAUAUGGGCACACCAGGAACAAGCAACACUCCCAAGAUUGGCAAGCUGCCUGUUCCGACGGUUGGGCGCUUUUUCACGCCGACCCAGACGAGCAGCACGCUGCCGUUGAGCUCGGCGCAGCCCAAGAAGGCCCCUGCCAGCGCGUCCAAGGCCGCUACCCUGAUGAAGACUGCUACCGGCACGAACCUGAAGUCCGUCAACUCCACGUCCACGAAGACGCUGUCGCGCGAGAACAGCGGCGACGACUUCCGCAAGGGUCUGCACAACCUCGCCGAGGAGCGCAAGAAGCUGCGCGAACAGAAGCAUCUUCAGGCCGCCCAGCAGCGCGAAGCCAAGGAGCGGGAGCGAGCCGAGCGCAUGGCCAAGUUGGCCGCCGAGCGCGCCAAGAAACAGGAGGAACGGAAGCGCAUUGAAGAGCGCAAGCGGCAGGAGUUGGAGGAGCUGCAGCGCAAGAUGCGCCAGCAGGAGGAGGCUGAGGCGCUUAAGAAGGCCAAGGCCAAGGAAUUGGAGCAGCAGAAACUGCAGCAGCUGACCGGCGCCAAGCCCAAGAAGAUGCUGCCGCCGCCGCCGAAAACAAAGUACACGUGGGAGAUGCUGCACGAGGACGACUCCACCGACGACGAGGGAAAGGUCACCCACAAGCGCCCACCGGCACCCACCUGGAGCAGAAGCCAUGUGAGGGGAGAGGCGAUCGCCAUGCAGAGCCACUGCCCCACGGACAUCAUCGACAGCUUCUUCUCGGUGGCGCCCACCACCCCGGACCUGAAGCAGAUAUUCCCGAACAUCGAUCCCAGCCAGCUGAAGCGCAACUCCAGCGUGCUGUGGUCCACGCCGCCGCGCUACUCCGAGCUGCCGAAAUACUAGCCAAGUAGUCCUGUUCUCUCUUUACCCGUAAAUGCACAUGUUUAUGAUCGAAUAAAUAAAGUUAAUUGUGAAAAUUAAA